AUGACUGUCAAAGUCGGUAUCAACGGUUUCGGUCGUAUUGGACGUCUCGUCCUCCGUGCUUCUUUGCUUAUCCCCGAAAUCGAGGUUGUGGCUUUAAAUGAUCCUUUCUUGAACCCUGAUUAUAUGGUUUACCUUUUCAAAUAUGAUUCGACCCACGGCCGAUUCAAAGGUCAAGUUGAAGAAAAACAGGGGAAAUUCAUACUUAACGGUCGAGAAAUUGCCGUCUUUGCGGAAAAAAAUCCUGCUGAUAUUAAAUGGGGUGAGGUUGGUGCUGAUUACAUAGUCGAAUCAACCGGUGUAUUCACGACUGUUGAAAAGGCCUCAGCUCACUUGAAAGCUUGUAUUAAAUCGAACUUCCUUAAAUUAUUUGUUUUCGAUUUCAUUACCAGGGAGCCAAAAAGUGCUGACGCUCCGAUGUUUGUGUGUGGCGUCAAUUUGGAUGCUUACAAACCCGAAUACAAAGUGAUCUCUAAUGCUUCUUGUACUACAAAUUGCCUAGCACCGCUAGCAAAAGUAAUCCAUGAUAAAUUUGGUAUUCUUGAAGGUUUGAUGACCACAGUUCAUGCCACUACAGCCACUCAAAAGACCGUUGAUGCUCCAUCUGGCAAGGAUUGGAGAGGUGGAAGAGGUGCAGCCCAAAACAUCAUUCCUAGUUCUACUGGCGCAGCGAAAGCCGUUGGGAAAGUUAUUCCAUCUUUGGAUAAAAAACUCACUGGUAUGGCUUUCCGAAUUCCCACAGCCGAUGUCUCGGUUGUUGAUUUAACAGUUCGUUUGUCGAAAGAGACCACCUAUGAUGAAAUCAAAUCAGUUAUCAAGAAAGCUUCUGAAAACGAGUUGAAAGGAAUCCUUGCUUAUACUGAAGAUGAUGUCGUAUCCGCAGAUUUCAUUGGUGACACUCAUUCCAGUACUUUUGAUGCCAAAGCCGGUAUCCAAUUAAGCCCCACAUUCGUCAAACUUAUAGCGUGGUACGAUAACGAAUUUGGUUAUUCUCUUCGUGUUGUCGAUUUGAUUGCUCAUAUUGCUAAGAAAGAUGCUUGUUAA